AUGAAGUUUCUUCCCCUUGCUGCAAGCGUCCUGACCCUCUUCGGAGGUGUUGAGGCCAAGAAGUCGCCGUUCUUCAUCUUGACGGGUGACUCUACCGUUGCCACCGGCGGAGGCUGGGGUGAUGCCCUUCUGAACAGCACCAAGAAACCCGCAGCUGGUAUCAACAUCGCCAAGAACGGCGCAACGACUGUAUCUUUUCGAUCCCAGGGCUUAUGGGAUACUGCUCUUGACAAUGUCAAGAGUCACAAGAAGGAUCAUGAAGCUAUUGUCACAAUUCAGUUUGGACAUAAUGAUCAGAAGGUUCUUACGCUGGAGCAGUACUCGGAUAACCUUACUACUAUGAUUGGGGAGGUUAAAGAGGCUGGAGGCACUGCGAUUAUCGUUACAUCACUUACCCGUCGUACUUUCAAGGACGGCAAGGUGGUUGAGAACCUUAGCAACGAGCGCGAUGCAGCAAUUGCUGUUGCGAACAAGGCUGGUGUAAAGUACCUGGAUCUUAACACCGCAAGCACCAAGUACGUCAACGCUAUUGGACAGGAGAAUGCCGACAAGUAUAAUGAGAUUGAGGGAGAUCGCACUCAUCUGAACUUCUCUGGGAAAUUGGUCUUUGGAAGGAUUGUGAUGGAUUUGUUGGUUGAAAAGAGACGUGAUCUGGCCCGGUACAUUAAGACGAAUAAGAAGUUGAGUCAGCUUAUUAGAGAUGGGAUUUAUGCUACUGGAGCGGAGUGA